GAGCCGAAAACAUGAGAAAAUAUUCAGAAUUCAAACUUUUGUUUUGAGGCAUUUAGUUUUCUACUUUCUCGCCAAGGUCAACUGGGCCCUUCGUGUCUGCAACAUAAGCAAGUGAUUUGCUUUCGAGCAGAAGCUCAGAGUCCUGAUGGCGGCGUUGAAAGAACCAGAUUGCCUGAAAUUUGUUUCACCAAUUCUGAAAACUGGAAAGGAGUUUCAGAAAAGAGACCCAGUGAUUACCUACUAUUGCAAUGUCUAUGCUAUCCAGAAAGCUCUUAGCCAGUUGGGCAAGAAGAGACCCAAAGAAGCAGAUGCAUUUCUUUUGUCAAUGAUGGAUCAAGUGGAACAGAUGAAGAAGCAAUUAGUCGGUGAUGAGGCUGUUACGUCCGAAGUUGUUGCCCAGGCACAUGUCGAGAGCAAAGCACUGCAACUGUUUACGUAUGCUGAUAAUGAGGACCGGGGCGGCCGGUUCGGUAAGAACGUUGUGAAGGCCUUCUACACAGCCCAUAUUCUAUUUGAAAUUGUGUCUCAGUUUGGUGAGCAGAGCCAGGAAGUCCAGGAAAAACAGAAGUAUGCCAAGUGGAAAGCCGCGUAUAUUAGCCGUUGUCUGAAGGAUGGCCAAACCCCGAUUGCUGGUCCAGUAGGUGGUGACGAGGGUGAUGAUGACAAUGCUGCUGCUGCAGCUGGUGGUCCCCCAUUGGCAGGAGCAGCGGCAGCGCAGCCUGGCUAUCCACCUCAGCAAGCACAGUCUGGAUAUCCACCACAACAGGGUGGCACUGGUGGAUUUGGUGGAUUUGAUGUGAACGCAGCGACACAUCCUGGUGAUCCUAACGCCAUACCGGGUUUCGUCCAGCCUAUGAAUCCUAUGGCAUCCUUUGUUCCUCCCACGAACCCAGCCUCCACGUUCAAUCAGGGACCCCCGACCUCUUUCAAUCCCCCGCCCAGUGGAGCCUCCCAACCCCCAGCUGACAACUUUGGGCAGCCACCCAUGAACAACUUCAGUCAGCCUUCUAACUCCCCGUACCCACCACCAACAGCUACCCAGGGAGUGCCAUCUUUCGAUGCCUCUGCAGCAGCUGCAGCCAACGCGGCAGCCAUGGCAAAUCUACAGCAGCCUCAUGUAGCACCGCGUAGUGUAUCACCGACUCCAUCCCCGUCCGGCUCACUGCGACCGACACCAGCACCCAGGCAGGUGGACUACGCCGGCAAGCUGCUGCCAGUGCCCAGCGCCGGCGAGUUCCGGCCGCUGGAGUACGACAAGAAGUCGCGGCUAGAAAAGCUACUCAAGUAUGCGAACAGCGCGCUGAUGUACGAUGACAUGCUGAAUGUCGUACAGAACCUGACCAGGGCGCAUAACCUCGUCUGUCAUGGUAGAGAGGAAUGAGAGCGUUUGCAGUACUUCAACUUACCACCGGUACAGCACAGAACAGGUGUGUUGGCCUACUACCGAUACUUUAUCACGGUGUAUGUAGGCCAGAGUUUGGCUACACGUUCACUUCAAUCACAGGGUGCAUCGUGUGUUGUGUAACUAACUAACAAGUUACAUGCAUGACAAGUGGAUUGAUGUGAACGUUUACAAUAGUCCCGGCUUGCAGAACACUACUGUUUUUGACUGGUACAGGGACUGGGACACGUUAAGUUCUUGCUGUGUGCCUGUUGGUUUGCUGCCAUCAGAUGACAAUCAUGCUUCUUUGGAGCACACCAUGCGGAAUGACAGUAGCUGUCUCUACUCACUUGUAUUUUGAAAAUCUCUCUCUCUUCCUCUCUCUCUCUCUCUCUCUCUCUCUCUCUCUCUCUCUCUCUCUCUCUCUCUCUCUCUCUCUCUCUCUCACACACACACACACACACACACACACACACACACACACACACACACACACACACACACACUCACUCACUCACUCACUUACUCACUCACUGGUUCGCCUUUGUCCCAAUCUCAGCGCUGUGUUGUUACACAGUCAUUUCAGAAUCACGGCACCCAGAAUUCUUUCUACUUUCUGCUCUCAUGAAAGAAACUUUAUGCAUUUUUUCGUCUGACGUUUUAUAUAUUUUUUAAUCAUUGAUACUUGUUCACAUGUAGUAGUUACUUUUGAAAUUGUAUACACUUGUAGGUAACUUGCAUAGCCUAGGAAACUUUGUUGUUCUUCUGGCCACCUGAGUAGUACAUGUAUAGUUUACUUUUCUUCCUUACACGCUGCUUUAGCGGCCAUGAACCCAUGACGCACGCGUGGUCGUUUUGCUGCUUAUGCUUUUGCUACUUUCUACAUUGCACGAUUAUUCGCUGAUGUUUAUUCUGCUUUAUGUUUGACCUUGACUGAAGUAUGGUAUAAUGGAA